AUGUCCUGGACCAAACAAAUCGACCACUGGAGCCGUCCCCUUGACUGCCACGACCGCCUCUUUCAAUUCAUCGGCGAGUCAGGCAAACCACUCGGUCGCGAACACUGGCUCACCGUCGGCGCCGUCCAGCUCGACUUCCCCAACAGCAGCCCCGAGAUAACCAUCCCACGACUCCGCAACGCCUGGAAAUCUCUACGCAUGCGCUACCCCGACAUCGCAGGCGAGCUCCAUGGCCACGAAAAGCGCUACUACCCGAUCACGAGCGCCUCAGCCCUAGAAUCCUGGUGCAACAACACCUUCAAAAUCGAAGACUUAGCCCAAUCCGCCGACGACCUCUUCACCCACCACCUGCGCAUCGCCGACCGGCACGCAACGGCACACUGGAUCCCCAGCAGCCAGGAAUUCUGCAUCGUUUCAGCCCACUGGCGCUGGGACGGCACCGGACUCGCCAUGGUGCUGGACCAAUUCCUCUCCGAGCUUCAAAACCCCAUCACCACCACCACAGCCUCCUUCGACGGCAGCGAAGCCACCCGACUGAUCCCCUCGCUCGACACCGUCAUCGGUAUGCCUGCCUCCCCGAAGCCAGAGACCCCGAAUGGUCUCGUCGCGCCGACGAACUCCUCGCUACCUUCCUCGAGGGCCAACCCUCGAUCGGCCUGCCCAAACAUCACUCUCACGACAGCUAUGCAUGCCUCUGCGAUUAUCGAGACUGCGCGUGCGGCUAAUUCUACCGAUCCAUCAUCGCGCUACAUCUCCUGGCAAGCCUUCGAUCUCCGCAAAUACCUGCCCCCACCCUACGACGGCCCCAUCCACGGCCCGUCCCUGCGCAUGGUCGGCCUCCCGCUGAAUGUCGAAGCCACGCCCACAACAAGCUGGUCGGACCUCGUGGAUACCAUUCAGCCGCUGUACCGCCAGUCGUGGAACUUGGCCGACAGUGACAUGAUGUUUGUACGGGUGCCGUUCGUGGAAAAGGCCACGGCCAUGUUCCAGGCUGCUGCUGCUGCGGGGGCGGCGCAGCCGACAGAACCAAAUAUUAAUAGUUUGGGGCCUGUGGAUCGGUUAAUCAGGGAGAGUUAUGGGGAGGUCAAGGUCAAGGGUUUGGUGCUGAUGGUGCAGAUGUUGGCGCAGCAGUUUUAUAAUGAGGCGUAUUAUGAACCGGUGUUUGUGGAGGCGUGGUUGAGGGCGAUGAGGGAGAAUAUGGUGCGGAAUUUGUUGGAGGAUACUACGGAUACGAAUAAGGAAACUAUCGUCGGUUGA